GGAAGCUUUGCAGGCGAUCCCUCAAAUAAUGGGUUUCAUUGUUGGGGAGAAUAGCAAGGAGAGCGAAAUACUCAAAGAUAUUGUGAAGGCUGUUAAGAAUGUGCUGUUCAGAAAUCUAGUAGAGGGAAGCCAAUAUACCUCUGUGAAUGGUUCAGAAAGCAGCAACACCGGAGCUGCCGGAACUUCCUCACGAGGCCAAAAGGAUAAGACUUUUGGAAACAAACAACGCCUGAAGGAACUGAUAGAGAAGGUGGAUCUUAAAGACAAAGGAACCCGCUUCAUAGGAGUUGUUGGCAUGCCCGGGAUUGGUAAAACCACACUGCUGAAAGAGCUCUACAAGGAGCUGAUCCCCAAGUUUACUAGGCACGUGUUCAUCGAUCGAAUCCGUGAAAAGUCAAAGGGCUCCGAGUUAGAUGACUUCCCCACACUGCUCUUAGAAGAGUUGGAGUUGAAAUUUCCUGAAACUGAUGCUUUUGAAGAACCAUACGAAGCUCUUAAGCGUCGACUAGACAAGCACAAAAUUCUUUUGGUUCUUGAUGAUGUUAGCACAACAAAACAAAUAAAUGCUUUUCUUGGGGGAUUUAGUCCUUCCCAGAAACCUGAGUGGAUUAAAGAAGGAAGCAGGGUUCUCAUUGCAACAAAUGACAUUUCUUUAACAGAGGGCCUGGUUCAUGAUACUUAUGUGGUUCCGCAAGAUCAAGUGUUCAUCAAUUUUCGUGGGGCGGAUCUACGCUCUGGAUUCGUCAGCCAUCUCGUGGAGGCCUUGCAGAAAGAUAAAAUCAAUGUAUUUAUUGACGACUAUGAAGCUAGAGGCAAGAAACUAGACGAACUAUGGAAGAUGAUAGAGGAGUCGAGGAUCGCUCUGACUAUCUUCUCCAGAAAAUACACCGAGUCAAUUUGGUGCCUGAACGAGCUGGCGAAGAUCAAAGAGUGUGAGGAGAAACAGAAACUAGUGGCUAUUCCAAUCUUCUACAAACUGGAGCCAUCCACCGUGAGAGAAUUGAGGGGACAAUUCGGUGAUGCAUUCAGGAAUCUGGCGAGAGGUGAUGAGAGGAGGAAGGAGUGGAAGGAAGCUUUGCAGGCGAUCCCUCGGCUAAUGGGUUUCACCGUAGAGGAGAAUAGCAACGAGGGGAAAAUAUUAAACCAAAUCGUGGAGAUGGUUAAGCUUAUGCUGAACAAAAUUUCAUCAGAGGCAAUCCAAGAUUCCUUUGCGGAUCCUUCAAAAAGUAGCUAUGACACAACUAAGGGAGUUUCUUCAGAAGGCAAAACGCAUAGGACUUUUGGAAUCAAACAACGCCUGAAGGAGUUGGGAGAUAAGUUGGAUUGUGUUAAAUACAAAGGAACUCGUAUUAUUGGAGUUGUUGGGAUGCCUGGAAUUGGUAAAACCACACUCAUCAAAGACCUCUUUAAGGAGUUGCAGCCUAAGUUUGCUAGGCACGCUCUGGUCGACCAAAUCCGUGUACAGUCAAAGGAGUUGGGGUGUGAUUACUUGCCCACAUUGCUUUUAGAAGAGCUAUUGGGAUUGGAAGAUCCCCACAUAGAAAAUGUUGGGGACCCGUACGAAAUUUACAAGGGUCAACUCCUCCAAAGCAAAGUUCUUGUCAUUUUAGAUGAUAUUAGUGAAAGGGAACAGGUAGAUGCUCUCCUCGGGAAUCGUGACUGGAUUAGUGAAGGAAGCAGGAUUGUUAUCGCAACAAGUGACACGUCCUUAACAAAUGGUCUGGUGGACGACACAUAUGUGGUCCGUAAUCUGGACCACAGAGACAGCUUAGAACUCUUUCACUAUCAUGCCUUCAGUGAUGAUCAACCCAAUUUUCCAGAGGAUUUCAAGAAGUUGUCAGAAGAGUUUGUAUGUUACGCGAGAGGCCAUCCUCUAGUUCUCGAAAUGUUGGGUAAAGAGCUUAAUCAGCAAAGUAUGGUUCAUUGGAAUUCGAAACUGAAGAUGCUUGCACAGAGUCUCAGCCCUAGUGUUCGUAGUGUCUUCCAAGUGAGUUAUGAUGAGUUGACCUUAGGACAGAAAGAUGCAUUUCUCGACAUUGCCUGUUUCAGAUCGCAGGAUAUGGAAUAUGUAGAAAGUUUACUGGCUUCGUCUGACCCUGGAUCUACAGAAGCAAUGAGUUUAGUAAAAGCCCUCACGAAUAAGUUCCUGAUUUAUACUUAUGACGGUCGAGUGGAGAUGCAUGAUCUACUGUAUACUUUUUCAAGGGAACUUGACCGUGAAGCACCCACUAUAAAUGGUAGAGGAUACCGGAGGCUGUGGCUCCAUCAAGACAUAAUCAAGGGAGGCGUAAUUAAUGUACUCCAGAAGAAAAUGAAAGCUUCCAAUGUCAGAGGUAUUUUCCUAGACUUGUAUGAAGUGAAGAACGAAACAUGCUUAGAGAGUGACCACUUCAGCAAGAUGCACAACCUCCGGUAUCUCAAGUUCUACAACUCACAUUGUCCUCAGGAGUGUAAAACAACCAAUAAGAUAAACAUCCCUGAUGGUCUUACCCUGCCACUGAAAGAGCUUCGAUGCCUCCACUGGCUAAAAUUCCCAUUGGAGAAACUCCCAAAUGAUUUCAACCCCAUUAAACUUGUCGACCUUAAGCUGCCCUCCAGCGAGAUUGAAAGACUUUGGGAUGGUGUUAAGGAGACACCAGCCUUAAAGUGGGUCGAUCUCAGUUACUCAAAUAAGUUGUGCAGCUUGUCAGCGUUGUCGUCGGCUCAAAAUCUUCAGAGAUUGAACCUUGAAGGCUGCACAGCACUGAAACUGUUGCUAAGUAAUAUGGAAAACAUGAAAAGGCUUGCGUUCCUGAAUCUGAAAGGGUGCACAAGUCUUGAAUCUCUUCCAGAGAUGAAUUUAACUUUUCUGAAAACUCUUACCCUAAGCGGCUGCUCAAACUUGCAGGAGUUUCCGUUGAUUUCAGAAAAUAUAGAAAUUCUAUACUUAGAUGGUACAGCAAUAAGUGAGCUUCCUACGAACAUGGAGAAGCUCCAGAGACUUAUUGUACUGAAUAUGAAGAACUGCCAAAACCUGGAGAAAAUCCCAGUCCGGGUUGGUGAGCUGAAAGCUCUUCAGGAACUCAUACUCUCUGAUUGCUCAAAACUCAAUUAUUUUCCAGAAAUCAAGAUGGCCUCUUUAAACAUUUUACUUUUGGAUGGGACAGCCAUAGAAGUGAUGCCACAACUACCCUCGCUGCAGUAUUUGUGCUUAAGCAGAAAUGAUAAGAUCAGCUGCCUUCCUGCUGGCAUCAGUCAACUUUCUCAACUAAUAUGGCUGGAUUUGAAGUACUGUAAGAGUCUUACAUCUCUUCCAGAGUUUCCGCCAAAUCUUCAGUGCUUAGAUGCACAUGGUUGUAGUUCUCUGAAGACAGUUUCCAACCCUCUGGCCCGUAUCAUGCGAACCGGGCGGAAUCAGUCCACUUUAAUUUUCACCAACUGUGAGAACCUGGAACAAGCUGCAAAGGAGGAAAUCACGUUGUAUGCUCACAGAAAAUGCCAGAUGCUGUCAUAUGCUCGUAAACGUUACAAUGGGGGUUUUGUUUCAGAGACUUUUGUCAGCGCUAGCUUUCCUGGGUGUGAAGUCCCUUCGUGGUUUUGUCAUGAAGCAUUUGGAUCUGAGAUAAAUGUAAAACUUUUCCCACAGAGGUAUGAAAAAAGGCUUGCCGCAAUAGCUCUGUGUGCUGUAGUCUCAUCUUUUGAUUGCGAAGAUCAGUUCAGCCGCUUGUCAGUGACAUGCACCUUUAAAGUAAACGUUGAAGACAAGUCUUGGGUCCCGUUUACUUGCCCAGUAGGAAGUUGGAUCAAAGAGGGAGCCAGAAAAGAAAAUAUUGAGUCAGACCAUGUCUUUAUUGGCUACACCAGUUGCCCAUGUACUCUGGAGUGUCCAGAAGAUGAGAACUAUGAUAAUUGCACAUCUACUGUAGCGUCCCUUCAAUUUACUGUGACAGGCGAUACAAGUAAGAAAGGAAAAUUCAAGGUGUUGAAGUGCGGUUUAGGUUUUGUGUAUGAAAAGGAUGAAAGCAACUGUUCUCAUGAAGCAAAGUAUGAAAUGCCUGUCGAAGUGAGGAGAGAAAGAAAAGGAAAAACGAGGGGGGUGAUGAUGGACGGCUAAAUAAGAAGAAAAAAUCCAGAAGGGAUGAUAAGAUUCCGUGUUAAUCAAACUAUGAAGCAAGUGUAAACUCCACGACGCAAAGAUAACUACUACGAUUCUACACAUCCACCUAUCCUCUAAAGGUUUCGUCCAUAAACGUCAGAAGUGAAGCGCGAGCUUGGCCCUAGCAGGAGUCAUACCGUAGCAUCUUCUAGAAGCUGAGAAUAACCACCAAACCAAGGAUCCCUCUAAUGAUCCAACAAAGUACAUGGGAUGUCUGCUGAUGUGGAAUGGCUUAGUCUUACUAUUUAUACUUUUGUUUUUAGUAUGAGAAUUAUCAGUCCACAAGAAAAAGUUUUUUUUUUCAGAAAUUAAGAGUCUUUUGGGAGAUAAUUGAUCAAACUUGUGGGGAGGAAAAAGAUCUCAUGUAUAAUUCUCAUGAAAUCAUUGUUUUGUGUGAUCACUUUGAAGAAAUAUAUAUUACAUUUCUCUAAAGACUAUCCUCUUACAACAACUCGUAACAAACUUGUAUCCGAGACUGGCAUUGAUAAAGCAAAGAACUUUUA